AUGGAUGAAAUAAUCGUGGGCACAUAUGAAGGCUUUUUGCUAGGAUAUUCACUGCAACCUGAGGACGAUAGAACAAUUAUUAAACAAACCUUCGCAACCUCUUCCCACACUGCAGCCGUAAGAUGCUUAUCAAUCUCUGGGAAAUUUUUAGCUUCAGGUGGAACUGAUGACAAGGUUGUAAUUAUAGACCUGAAGACUCGAAAAGAACACACUGUUCUUAUGAAUCAUGACGGAACCGUUAACACUGUUGCAUUUACUCAUGGCGGGACCCAUCUAUUAACUGGAAGUGAUGAUGGAUCUGUUAUUGUUACUAGGACUGGUAAUUGGCAGAUAGAGAAAAUUUGGAAAAAAGCUCAUGGAGGUCAACCAGUCACAACUAUAGUGGUUCAUCCAUCGGACAAGUUAGCAUUAAGUAUAGGAGGUGAUAAGACCCUGAGAACAUGGAAUUUAAUUAAAGGUCGACCAGCAUUUACCAUAAAUCUUGGAAGUAAAGGAGUUGGUUUGCCUACAGAGAUAAAGUUUUCACCAAGCGGUGAUAGAUUUUCUCUCAUAUCCUUACAAAAUGUUGAUGUGUGGACCAUAAGUAAGGCAGGGUUGGAGAAACGUUUAACAUGCAACUCCAGACCAUCAACAACUCAAUGGACCAAUGACGAUGAACUGUUUGUGGGAUUGGAAAAUGGAAAUAUUAUUAAAUUCACUGUAUCCAAGACCAAAGCAACGACUUAUCAGGCUUACAAGCAAAGAGUAAAAUGUAUGCAUUACGAAAACAGCAACUUAUACUCAGCUUCCAGUAACGGUGUGUUAAAAGCCUGGCAUAUUGAUGAUGAUAAUUUACAAGAGAUAUGUUCCACAAAUAUAUCAUGUAGAGUCACUUGUAUCGCCUUAAACAGACAACGUCAUUUAAUCAAGAAGGAGGAGGAUUGCGAAGAUGAUGGAAAAACUUCAGGGAUGUCAGAUAAUGAAGAUAACAGUAACGAAAGUGAUAAUUCUGAAAUUAUAGAAAAGCCACCAGCUAAGAGACAGCCUGGAGCAUUUGUGAGAAUCAGUUAUGACGAAGACAACACAGAAUCACCUCCAGCCAAGAAAAGUAAAAGAAAGAAGAAAAACAAAAAGAAAAAUAAAACUGAAUAA